AGACCACAUCUCAACAGUCAUUCACACAGAGUGGAGAAAUAGAAGUUUUGAAGGAAGGGUUUUUGGAAAAAAACUAGUUUUGUAUAAACCUUUAUAAUCUACCUUUAGCUGUAUGGAUAUCUGUCUUUAAGGACUUUCCAGAUGUACAGAUUUUUUCUCAGAAUAACCUGUGACAAUGAGGAUUACUACUUGACUUCAAGAUCUGCAAUGACAAGCAAAUAAGAACAAAGGAAUACAUUUUCCUGUUUUGCCUUGGACUGGCAGCACCCCUAAGUGGACUACAUUUGAAACUACAGAUCCUGGGAUUAUAUUUAAACAGAAUAGGGCUAUGGCUGAAUCCAUGUAUUCCGACUUGAUAGCUAGACACUACAAUUAUACUGGGAAGUUUCGCAAAGUUGAACAGGAUUCUAGGCUCAAGGCAGAUUCAGUGAUUUUUAUAAUUGUAUGUUGCUUCAUAAUACUUGAGAAUGUUUUAGUCCUGCUCACAAUUUGGAGGACCAAGAAGUUCCACAAACCCAUGUAUUACUUCAUUGGAAACUUAGCCCUUUCAGACUUGUUGGCAGGGGUGGUAUACACUGCCAACAUCUUGUUGUCGGGAGCCAACACAUACAAACUGACCCCAACACAAUGGUUUUUCAGGGAGGGGAGCAUGUUUGUGGCUUUGGCUGCUUCAGUCUUCAGCCUACUGGCCAUCGCAAUAGAGCGACACCUCACAAUGCUUAAGAUGAAGCUCCACAACAAUGGCAAUACCUGGCGUGUCUUUAUGCUCAUUAGUACAGUGUGGAUGAUUGCUGCCAUCUUGGGUGGCCUACCAGUUAUGGGUUGGAACUGUAUUGAAAGCAUGCCGAAGUGUUCUACCGUUCUCCCACUCUACCACAAGACCUACAUCCUAUUCUGCACCACUGUCUUCAGCAUCAUCCUAAUGGCCAUUGUUGUUCUUUAUGCCCGCAUCUAUGCCCUGGUGCGUACACGCAGUCGCAAGCUGGUCUUCCGCAAAGUCUCUAACGGUCGUGGUGGUGGAGGUACCAGUAACAAAAGUUCUGAGAAGUCCAUGGCCCUCCUAAAGACUGUCAUCAUUGUCCUGAGUUGCUUCAUUGCCUGCUGGGCACCUCUCUUCAUCCUUCUGCUGCUUGAUGUGGCCUGUGAAAUCCGCAUGUGCUCUAUCCUUUAUAAGGCUGAGUGGUUCCUGGCUCUGGCUGUGCUCAACUCAGCCAUGAACCCGCUGAUCUACACACUCACUAGCAAUGAGAUGCGUUGUGCCUUCCUUAAGAUGCUCAUGUGCUGCAGUGUCUGCAUACGGCCUGCUGAAAAGUUCACCAGACCCAUCAUGAAUGCUGAGUUCAGCAGGAGCAAGUCGGAUAACUCAUCACACCCCAAUAAAGAUGAGCCAGAACACUUGCCAAGAGAGACCAUUGUAUCCUCUGGGAAUAUCUCCUCUUCAUCUUAAAAGGCCAUCCCGCAUUGCUGUGUAAUGUCAAAGCUUGGUGAAACUUUGGUUUAUACUGUAUAUUUUGCAUAGUAGUCUUGUGUGUACAUUUUGUUCAUACUACUGCAAGUGUGUAUGUGUGUGUUUGUGUUGUGUGUGUACUCUAGAUUUUUCAACCUCUCACAGAGGUCUUUGAGGCCUGGGAACAAAUUGAUGCCUCCCAGAAAAGGGGGGAUGCAUCUUGCACCCAGUAACUCAUGUUGAAUCACAGGGAAAGAACUGGGAAAGAUUUUUUGAUAUUGGUAGGUUUUUAAUACUGAACUAUUUUAUCACACAUGUUACAUACAUGUCUUAAGACCACACUGUCUGUAAACAAUUCUACAAACCUGACUUAUGUAUUACUUCAAAUAUGCCAAUAUAUAUUUCUAUGUCUACAGAUUCUGAGUCCUGUGGACUUAGUACAGCAUUAAAAGUGCUCUUAAAGAACCAUCA